UGCCCGUGAGAGACCAUCUCAGUUUACGGUGUUUCUGUUUCUUCCUCACAUCUGGCUGUUUUGCCUGGGGAAAUAGCCCUCACGAAUGUGGAGUUUAUUAGCCCCAAGUAUGGAGCAGCAAUAACGCAAUCUCUGAACUAUAAUCCGCAAUCAUGUAAAGGCUGUCAUUAUGCUGUGCUCUUAUGUGCACAUAACCUAACGUCGAUGUUAAACAAGUUUCAUUAGGGCGGUAAGAUCGGUGUUGUGUCCCUCUCGGAGUAAACUCUCGCUUGCUCAUUUUCUGAUUUUCUUUUCACGUGCGUCUUUGAAAACAUGGCUCGACUACGGAGGAGGUCUUGCGUGCUUCUUUUUCUCUUCGCGCUCUUCGUGCUCGGGACUCUGAUGGGAUUAAGGACUCUGAAGCCGAAUAAUGGAUUCACGGAUCUGGACGUUUUGCCCAUCAAGGGGGAGAAAGUUGACAGUCGCGGCGGUUUCAGCGAUGUCCGGUCGUCGGCCGGUCAGGAGCGUGUUGUAGCAAGUAACGCAAAACCAGCCGGCUCAAACCCGAGUCUGGACAGAGGCAUAUCUUACGACGUUCAUAUAUUUUACUACACCUGGUACGGGAACCCGGAGACGGAUGAGAGAUACUUACAUUGGGACCAUAGUCUGGUGCCACACUGGGACCCAAAAAUCGCCGCCAGUUAUCCGAGAGGAAGGCACGUGCCCCCUGAGGAUAUCGGUUCGAGUUUUUAUCCUGAACUAGGGCCGUAUAGCUCAAGGGAUCCGGAAGUGCUGGAGUCUCACAUGGAGCAAAUUAGCACGGCAGGGGCAGGUGUGGUGGUGCUGUCCUGGUAUCCUCUGGGUUUGGCUGAUGAUCAUGGAGAGCCUUCUGAAGAUUUGGUACCAUCUGUCCUGGAUGCUGCACUCAGGCACAAUUUAAAGGUGGCGUUUCAUAUCCAGGCCUAUAAAGGAAGGACUGAUCAUAGCUUACAUAACAACAUCAAAUACAUCACUGACAGGUAUGGAGAUCAUGGGGCUUUUUAUCGCUUCAGCAUCAGCAAUGGGAAAGUGCUGCCUCUUUUCUAUAUCUACGACUCUUACCUGACUCCGACUGAGGCUUGGGCAGAAUUGCUAACUUCCACAGGCUCUCACAGUCUGCGUGGAACCCCAUAUGAUGGCGUCUUCAUUGCACUCAUUGUGGAUGAGAAACACAAGCAUGACAUCCUUGCUGGUGGAUUUGAUGGGAUGUAUACAUACUUUGCUUCCAAUGGAUUUUCCUACGGUUCCUCUCAUCAAAACUGGAAGGGCCUCAAGGCCUUUUGUGAUGACAACAACCUGCUCUUUGUGCCGAGCGUGGGCCCUGGCUAUAUAGACACCAGUAUACGGCCCUGGAACAACCACAACACUCGCAACAGAGUGAACGGCAGAUACUAUGAAACUGGUCUUCAUGCGGCACUGAAGGUGCAGCCUGAGAUAGUCUCCAUCACUUCCUUCAAUGAGUGGCAUGAAGGCACGCAGAUUGAGAGGGCAGUACCUAAAAAAACCAUCAGGCGGGUGUACCUGGACUACCAGCCACACGAGCCUGAUCUUUACCUAGAACUAACCAGGACAUGGGUUGAGCAGUUUCAUAAAGAAAAAGAGCAGUGGCUGGUCUGACAUGGAGUUGUUUGAAAUAGUUUGGAGCAGCUCUGUUUGCCUUGGUGUACUGCAGAACGCUGUAUAUAGGCACGAUAAAUGGGAGACUUCAAAAAUACCAGUCACACAAACUCAAUUUGCAUCUGGGAUAGACAAAGAGAAGCCCUUCCUCUGCUUAUCUUCAGUAACUAAAUUUCAGAAUAUCAAAGGAACAUAGUAAUCUUUAGGUUCAAAAGGGUGGCAUGACAGAAGUUUAAGAAGGGUGACAUCUCCAUGAAAAGAUAUCCCAGAGAUCUUUAAAAGAAAUGAUCUUUUCCCAGGAUAUUGCAUACAUUAACAUUACAUGGACUGAACUUGACCCAGAUAAGAAUAUUUCUCCAGUUAUAGCCUUGAUGUUUUUUCAUAAAUUGAAUAACUGAAUUAAUUAAUAAAUAACUUGAUUUGCAUAAAAAUUCAAAGUUCACAAAUUAAGUACAAAUUAAUUAAGUUAUGCUGUUUAGUUGUAGGAGGACAUGCAGUCUUUAGAAAUAUGUUGGGACAGACAGGGAACAAAAUUCAUCCUUUUAAACUUGCUGUAAAGUGGCCACCUACAUUUGUAAAAAAAAAAAAAAAAUCUGUCAAACACUAUA